UCAAAAAAACUUCUCUGAAGGUGGCUCAUCCUUCUGAUAAUGACCUGGAAAUAAGAUUCAAGCUAUGACAGAAAAGGAAAAAUUGUCAACUUCUUUUUCUAUUGAAAGUCUUCUGUCUAUGAAUGAUUCCAACUUGAAGGAAUCUCCCAAACAGAGUGUUCUGCCUGAGCGGGUGUAUCGUGUUGCCAGAAACGCAUCUAAACCUACAGGUAAUUUGUUUGAAUUAAUUUUUGCGUUUCGUUCAAUUAUGCGUAAAAUUUCUUGGUUUAUUGAAAUGUCCAUCAAAUUGUUAUUCAUUUUUGUAGAUCGAUACGAUGAUGAGACGGAGACUGGUAAAUACGGCACCGAAUCUACAAGAAAACGUCUACAAGAUAAUCAGAAAAACGUCAUCAUCGCCAAAACAGGGAAUUCAACCUCCGACAAAAAAAAUGUCAAUGUGAAAAUCACCCCAGAUAGCAAAGAGGAAUCCGGAUGUCUGAAAACGCGCAAGAAAACACGGACUGUUUUUUCGCGCCAUCAGAUUUUCUACUUGGAGUCUGCCUUUGAAGCGAAACGGUAUUUGUCGAGCUCCGAGCGUUCUGAAAUCGCCUCCACGCUCAGUCUGACGGAAACCCAAGUCAAAGUGUGGUUUCAAAAUAGAAGAAAUAAAUGGAAAUCUCAAAUCACAAGUGACCCAAGUUUUCCACUCGAACGCUUUGCUACAUUACGGUAUGGCGGGAGAUUUCCACAUCCGAUAGGGACUUUCGGAUCUCCUCUUUACCCACCAUUGUUUUAUUUAUGAGUUUAUCCAAGUGGUAUCCGGCGUGUUGCAAUUGAGUGUUAUUAUAUUUGAAUAUAUCGACUGUUGGGAGACUUGAAAUAUAAUCUGAAGUCCGUAAUAAUGUCGAUCUUGAAUUCAAUUGGUUAUGAGGGGAAAUGUAUUCUUACAAAAUGUGGAGUAAAAUUCAUUUAUAAAUUUUCUUGAAUUGACAGUAGAUUGGUUCUAGUUUUCCUUUCCUAACAAGGUCAUUAUCAAUCAAAUACAUUUUGAUUCUAGGUCAUUUUCACGAUGUACUAAAUUUCUAACCUCAACUAUAUCAAGCAUAUCGUGUUAUGUAUAC